AUGUUUCAAGCCAACUAUGACGUACCAAACUGGUCUGCUGUCAAUGAUCAGUUUCCACUCUUCCCGAUCCCGCUGACGCUUGACAACAACAACAGGUCAACUGAUGUUGCGGGGGGGUCGAAAAGGGUGGCUUUGAGCUUUGAUGAUCCCGAUGAGCUUGAUGAUUCCGAUGACGUGCCGGCUCCCCGGAGGCACAAGAGGCGGGGUGGGGUGGUGGGGUUUGGGAGUAUCACCGGCAGUGGCGGGAAUAGUAGGACGGUGUGUACGUAUGUUGGUGAAAAGCUCUAUACUGAAUGUGAGUAUGAUGAUGAUGGCGAGGAGGAGGAAGAAGAAGAGGAUGAUGAUGAUGAUGAUGAUGAUGAUGAUGUGAUUGAGACGGGGUUUGCUGCUGCCGUGAAGGACGAGCCUGUGGAGAUUGAGAGUGAUACUGAAGACGGUAAUAUGGGCGAUGAAAGUUACAAGAGAUGGACAGAGGGUGAAAUGGGGGUGCUUCGCGAUCUUCUGAAAGAGAGCAAAAAUGUCCAGAAAGUCACUGCGGAUUUUAUUAGGAUUUUAGGUACUAGGAGGACUGAGGUGGCGAUAUACAAUAAGGUUUCCAAGGUGAUCCUGAGGGAGUUGGACUGUACCUGGACAGGCGCAGACGCUGCGAUUCUUGUGCAGGCGGUUGAUAGCACUGAUUUGAACAGGGAGACGGCCAUCAUGAAUGAUUUUUUCAGACGGGCAAACUCGGGAAAACGGUUUAGUAGACACCUUAUUCGAACGAAGAUCAAGGCUUUCGAUAUGCAGAGAAAGAGAGGGGCCGUGGAGAAAGUUUGA